AACUGCAAAACUGUAAAUCGUGGAUCAAAAACAGAGACCAACUGGAAAAUCUGGAAAGAAAGGAAGUGACAUUACAAUCUUCACCGGAAAAACGCAGGCAACUUUCCGACUCCUCAUCAGCGCUUAUCGGCCACCGCACUUGGGCGGCGCGUGAACUGGCUUUUCAGACAUAUUGGUUUAUCCAAGCAUGAACUUUGAGCAUCCCAGUUCGAGUGAUUGCCGAUACACAGAGGUCCAAUCUGCUGAUCACGACUCAUCUGAACCACCACAGGAAGAGAGGGUCAGUUAUGGGGAUGAGAAUUUUACUGCCAAAAGCCGUGUUGGGAAAAGUUUUGCUGAAUUGACUGCGGAGGAUGUAGAAGGAAGAGAAUUCGCCACUUUGGAUGAUGCCGAAAAUUGGUAUAGAAUGUAUGCAACUGCACUUGGUUUUAUGACAAGAUUGCAGAGGGUUACUAGAGGGAUUGGAGGCAGGAUAACGAGGCGAAGAUUGGUUUGUAAUAAAGAAGGUAAAAGAGAAGCAAAGUGGCUGCAAAAAGAGGACCGUGUUCGUAAUGCUAAGCAAGAGACCCGAUGCAACUGCCUAGCAGCAUGCUGUAUCCAUUUCAAUAAGAAUAGUCAAACAUACAUCAUCACUGAAUUCAAAACCGAACACAAUCACGAUCUUGCCAUGCAUUCCAAUGGUUCGGUUACUCAUGCAGACAUGGGACAUCUUGGUGCAAGGCGCACUUGUUCAGUCAGCACCUCUAGGGCAGAUGACUACACGGUGAAAUGCAAUGGGGGGUUUGAGUUUGUGGGAGACACUGAGAAGGAUCUUUUCAACAAGAUAGAGGCAGAGCCAAGGGCCAAAUUGUUUAAGCAGGGGGAAGAAACUGCACAAAUAGUGGAGGUGAGUGACAUUACAAUGCCACCUUGGAGCAUUAACCUAGUAGGGUUCGGCGAUGAGUAUAGAUGCGAUCACGUUGACAUACCACGGGGAGUGACUUAUAGCUAUGUCUCAUUGUCACCACAUGUUAAAGCGGUUAGUGCCGACACAGCGUCAACAUUACUUCUGCAGAUUGCUGGUCUGACAUCAAUAGCAACAGAGCAGUCGCUAAAGGCGCGUGACGAGAUUUUGCGCCUGAAGAGGGACAGUGAGCUGGCACUCAAGACAAAGGAAGCUGAAGCUGCGGUGCUGAAGAGGGAAUUAGCUGAGUGUCGGCGAGAGUUGGAAUUGGUGAAGUCGGCAGAUAAAUAUAAGUACAGAACCAUUGAAGAGGUUGGCGGGAAUUCUAAAAAGCAGAUUACAGAGGAUAACUGCAAUAGGGGUCAAUCUCCAGAGGGUGGUGCUGAUAUUCAACUUUUAUGCUCACUGGGUGGGUGGAAAAGUGGCUUUGCCCCAGACAAAGAUAUGGAAUUUGAUUCAAGUAAGCGUAAGAGGCGAUAACGACUUGCAAACAGACAAUAUUACCAAUAAUGAGAGGUUGGCUUCCGAGCAAAGUUACGAGUUGGGGUGUGGUGUCUGUGGAAGGAUGGCCUGCCGGACCCUGUAGAAAUUGAGGGAAAGGCAAAUACUUGGAAGGCAAAAACUGGCUAGACCGUCUGUUUCAUUGGUUUGUGUCCUAAACUUAAAUUGUAAUGCUUGCAGAUACCUUGACUCUUGGACUAACAGGAUAAGGGGCUUUAAUACCUUAUCAACCUGUUUAAUUCAAUGGUAACCUUGUACCUAUUCACACA